AUGUGUGGAGGGAACGACAAAAGAGUAGAUACUGGCUCUCUUUCAGCCAAAGCAGCAGACACCGUUAUCCCCCAACUUGUGACAGAUCAUGAUUGGAGGGCAGAGGAAAAUGCGACAAAGACGAUUACAGAGGACUUCGAAACCGUCAUAACUGAGGCCGUUGACAUCCAUACCUUGGACACCAAGUCACUUACUUUCGAGGGUCACUUUACCGCGUUCGGCAAGGGUGACCCGGCAUCGUCUCCCGGGCAAAAAGAUACAAUCAUGUGGUUAGCCAUAAGCCCUGACGCAAAGCUCGUUGGAUCUACCUCUUGGGAUGGCACGGUUCGCAUCUGGGAUACGAAUGGUGGCACCUGCUUGCAAGUCUUGGGACCAUUUGGUGGACAGAUGUGGUCCGGUGUAUUCUCGCUGGACUCUAAAUACAUAACAUUCAGUCAGGGCAGCCCGAAGGCUACGGUAUAUGUUUACAACCUAUCGUCAGCCGAGGAGAUCUCUCGUUUCAAACUACUAGCGGUCGGUGCCAGCGACAGCACACUUCGUGCCUUGGAUCCAUACACAGGAGAAGAGAAAAUGAAAUGGACCUUAAAGUUCGAAGUCUCAGUGAUGAGGCGAUUUGCGGAAAUUCGUGGGGUACGGUUUAUCGAUAAAGGGAGGAAAUUGAUGUUUCGCAGUGGUGAGGGAUCUACUGAAGUAUAUGACUUGACGACAAACUCGAAGCUACUGUUUGCAAGAGGGCCUGGGGAUCAAGUGGAGAAGAUGACUGGUUCACGACCGGUUUGUUUUUCUAACUCUUCUGCUCUGGUGGUUCCGGAUGUAGAUGGAGCUGUGAGGUUCUGGCGACUUCAGUAA